UGCGAGUGUGGUGAGGUGCGAGGGCGGUGUCGGAUCGGUCGUGCGGACGCAGAGGUACGUUUCACCCUUCGUUGCUACCCUCAAACGUUUCCCCGUUCACUUAUUCUCGUUUUACCGUUUGCAGUACACGGUGUAGACUGCCCGCGAACGAACGGUGUCAGUGAGUGAAACCACGCGACGUCACAACACGCGAACGGCGUCGUUAAAUUUUUACCUCGCGUCCCUCGCGUCCUUCGAAGUCGCGGAUGAUAGCUCGGGUUUUCGGUUUGAUAAGAGUGAAAACCUCGACCACCGUGGGAUUCCUGGCCGUUCGCCGUCGUCCCCGUCGACGUUCGAAUCGUCGCCAGACAUCAAGUGUCACAGGUGAUGAGAAACGUCUGGUCAGUGGAGGUCUCGAUUCCCUUACUGGAAAUUCAUGGUUGAAACUGUGGCUGCUCGAUGGCUCGUAUAAAUGGAUAGAUGCGUGUGCGGUUGAUGUGGAGAAAAUUGACAGAGAACGGGAACACGGUUGAUUGCAUGUGGGAUAUGCUGGAGAACUGGAUGAAAAAGGGCAGAAUGGAUUAGAACCGAACGCUGGAUAGGACGCGUGUAAUAAAUAGCUGCCGUCCAAUAGCGUUUCCAGGUGUCCACGAGUCUCAGCCUUCGUGGUAGAACUGAAGGGUCCGGGGAGCACGAAGGCGAGAAGAAAUGAGUUGGACGUGACACAAUGACAUGAUGAAGAGCCUGGUGGGGAUCAUGUGGAUAGUGUUGGUGCUCAUAUCAGGAUGCUCAGGAAAUCCGGAUGCGAAGCGGCUGUACGACGACCUCCUGUCGAAUUACAACAAGCUGGUUCGUCCAGUGGUCAACGUCACAGACGCCCUCACCGUUAAAAUCAAGCUCAAGCUCUCCCAGCUGAUCGACGUGAACCUGAAGAAUCAAAUCAUGACGACGAACCUGUGGGUCGAGCAGUCAUGGUACGAUUACAAGUUAAAGUGGGAUCCAAAGGAAUACGGCGGGGUGGAGAUGCUCCACGUGCCAUCCGACCAUAUAUGGAGGCCCGAUAUAGUUUUAUACAACAACGCCGACGGUAAUUUCGAGGUGACGCUGGCGACGAAGGCGACGCUGAAUUACACGGGCAGGGUCGAGUGGAAGCCACCGGCGAUAUACAAGUCUUCCUGCGAGAUCGACGUCGAAUAUUUCCCGUUCGACGAGCAGACCUGCGUGAUGAAGUUCGGCUCGUGGACUUACGACGGCUUCCAAGUUGAUCUGCGGCACAUCGACGAGGCUCGAGGCAGCAACGUGGUCGACAUCGGCGUCGAUUUGUCGGAGUUUUACACGUCCGUCGAGUGGGACAUCCUCGAAGUCCCAGCCGUGAGGAAUGAAAAAUUUUACACGUGCUGCGACGAGCCGUACCUCGACAUCACGUUCAACAUCACCAUGAGACGGAAGACCCUGUUUUACACGGUGAACCUGAUCAUACCUUGCAUGGGGAUUUCCUUCCUGACGGUGUUGGUCUUCUACCUGCCGAGCGACAGUGGCGAGAAGGUCAGCCUAUCAAUUUCGAUUUUACUGUCGCUGACCGUGUUCUUCCUUUUGCUGGCCGAAAUUAUCCCGCCCACAUCGCUCGUGGUACCGCUUCUCGGUAAAUUCGUCCUUUUCACCAUGAUCCUAGACACGUUCAGUAUAUGCGUAACCGUGGUAGUCCUCAAUGUUCACUUCCGGUCGCCACAGACGCACGUGAUGGCACCGUGGGUCCGUCGCGUUUUUAUCCACGUACUGCCGAGACUGCUGGUGAUGCGCAGGUAUAACACGUCUUCGAAGAGAUCCGAUUACGAUUCCAGGCCGCAGUACCAGCUAGACAAGCGUACCAUGGGAGGUCAUCACGGACAACGGGUGAUGGUGAGAACGUGUAACGGCCUCGAGCUGCGAGACCCGUCGCUGUUUGUAGAGACGUCGGCCUCCGAGCUGGUCGAAUCCUCCGUUCUGUUCCCGAGUCUCGAUUCGCGGGACGAAUUACACCCUCGGGAAUUGGAAGCGGUAAACCUGGGGAGCGCGUGUCGCAUCCACGGAUCUCCGGCGGCGACGGCCGCUCCUCCGCCGCAACUGCCGACCGAGGAGAGCGUGGACGCUCUCUGUAACACGCUUCAUCAUUGGCAUCACUGCCCAGAACUGUACAAGGCCAUCGAAGGUAUACGUUUCAUUGCCGACCAUACCAAGAGGGAAGAGGACUCCACCAGAGUCAAGGAAGAUUGGAAGUACGUCGCGAUGGUGCUCGACAGGCUAUUCCUAUGGAUUUUUACACUAGCCGUAGUAGUCGGUUCGGCGGGGAUCAUACUUCAGGCGCCGACCCUGUACGACGACCGCAUCCCCAUCGACGUGCGACUGUCCGAGAUCGCGUCCACCACUGCCAAGCCACACUUGAACACGAGCCUCUGAGAGACGAUCGUUCAGUUCCGUCACACGCACACGCAGGACACAGCAGGCACAACAUCCAUGAACGAGUGUGAAGCGCGUCGGCCAGGGACCGCCGGUCUCCGUUCGUUCGGAGAGUCAGUCGACACUCCCUUCCCGUUUUCCAUCGGUCAAAUCGAUUUUAACGCGGUUCCGAUCGUUUCUACGGGCCGAGUACCUCUUUCGUCCCUGGCAGUCUCCGAUUUAUCGCGUGAAUCGUAACGACUAACGGCCGAUCGAUCUCUAAUAACCGACGAACGAGACCAUCGCCAAGAAACGCGUUUCUUCGCUUCUGAUUCUCGACAGGAGGGAAGAAACGCGUUUCCUAGAGGAAUUCAAACCGCGCGGUUUCAUUAUCGCGGAAGCGGGACGACGAAACUUCGAAGGACCGUUCUCGAGUCUCGUUCCACCGAGGAAUCACUCGGAAAAGAAAAACAAAACAAAAAAAAACAGAUGGGACCGAAACGUUAUAUUUUACACAAGUAUAUAAAAUCGAAACGAGUUUUAAAGAUCUGAGAAGAAAGAGAGAGAGAGAGAGAGGCGAAGGACAGAGAUCGCGAUCGAUGGACUCGACGAAGCCUGUUGCAGACUCAGGAAUAGAAGAAGGUUCAAACAGUUUCCGAAAUUUACAUCGAGCCUGUAACAAUGGGGCCAUAUUUUCACAAAAUAAAUAAAACGGAGAGAGAGGAAUGAGGGAGACGGAGGCACAAGUGGUUCUUGUGCGACGCUAUAAAUUCUAAAUAAUCCACAUCCGAGGCGCUUGCAAACGAGAGGCGUAUUCUAAAGAGGAGAACCGCGGGGGGUUUAGAAGGGGGGGCCUAAGAAAGUUUCACCGACUCGACUUUUAUUGCUCAUGAUAACGUAAAUACGUUCGUAAUAAGGUACACUUUCGUAAUUGUGUUCGUUCCAGCACCACCGACGAACGGUUCGUUGGGAAUUUUUAAUCGGGGGUGAGUAGCACGUACGUGGAGGAUGUUAAAUACAAAUAUUAUUAUAUACAAUUUAUUAUGAAUAAUUUAUCGUCUUCCUAAGCUGUCACGAUUUUACUUUCGACGGGGGAUAGUCAAGCGUUUCCAUUGAUCGUACCCGUCAACGAAGAAAGGAAGGACGAGGGGGGAACGUAGAGCCUAAUCGGUAUAAAUCGUUAAAAUAGUCAAGUGUAUGUGAGUAGCCAGGAUUUUACGUCUUAAUAAAAAAAAAAAAGCAACGAUCCGCUGCUGGACGAAGAUACCCUUUGGACAAAUUUUUCUCAAAUAGAAUUUUCAACGAAUUCCCAGCGUUUUGAAAAAAGUAAAUAAAAAACAGAGGACGACGCAAAUGCCUGCCGCACCGACGAGAACGUUUUCACAUUUUUGUAUGCACUCCGAAAACUAGUCAAUGACGAAUGAUUAGCGCGAGUCUUUCUAGCAACGAUUUACAUUAAUCAACGUUUGCGUUGACUCGUCCUUUCGGGUAAUCGUUUCCGCGCUCAAUAAACGAACUGUUCGUUCGACCGAGGAUUUAUUUUCUAAUCAAGGGGAGGAUAAAAAAGAGUUAACGCACAAAGUGUCGACGUUCGAAGGGAAACCAGUUCCGCGUAGAACGUUCUUCUUCUCGUUUGCCUUCGGUCUUUGUUCGAGAGAAAGAGCGAGUGUGAAAGUUCCGGGUGAACGUGUGAGAAAAGAUAGAAGAAAAUACUAAAAAAAAAUAAAUAAAAAGAAGAAACUGAAUUAUAUAUUACGAGGAAGUAAGUAAGUAAGCGCAGUGAUAGUUACUCGACGUAAGUUUAUGACAAUUUAACGAUACAUACGUAUAUAUAUUAUAUAAAUAUAUAUAAAAAAAAA